CCGGUUUGCAGAGUGACCUCCUCCCUUCCUCCCCUUCCGGUCCUUCUUCGGUCGUCGUCGCCGUCCGUCACAUAGUCCACCACAAUCAUUAUCUGCUAGCCUUCCCUUGCAGCCGCCAUGGACUACGACGCAUAUGACGCACUCCUCCACCAUGUCUUCAAGCGCACUCAAGGUGACGCUUGGUUCAAGCCCUCGGAGGAGAAUGUCUCUGCCGGGGUAUGCCUUCGUGUCGAGACUGGACACUUCCGCGUCUUCCCGUACGAGAACCCCUACCUCGGCCCCUUCGAAGAAGCCGUCCGAACUCUAAACCCUGCCGUCGCCGUGAAGAUUCGUUCCGCCGCAGUCCAUGCAGCGCUCGGCUCUGUCCCGCCCACCGCGCCGGCGAUCUACGUCGACUCCGAGACGCGUAUCCAGAUCGUCGAGACGAUGACGCACCUCCCGCAUGCCGACAAGGAGCAGUGCGGCGCCUUCGUCCGAGAUGAGCGUGUCCUCGUCGUAUGGUCCGACAACCUCGACAACAUCAUCGGCCUCUGCCAGGAGUUCGACCGCAAGCUCAUCCAGCUCGUAUGGAAGAUCCGCCCCGCGCUCCCCACUCUGUCGUACUCGGGCAGCGCCGGUCCUGCGUCCACAGCAGGCUCGGAAGCAAACCUGAACGAGAAGUCCGCGUUCGACGACGCGGAGGAGAAGAGGGAGGCACUCGAGGCGCAGGUGGAGACCAUCCUCAAGAACCGGGAGAAGGCCGGCAAGAAGAAGGGACGUUGGCCGUGGUCGAGGUCCGUCGAUCGCGAGGACAUCGCGGAGAAGGGUGGCAAGGAGCCGAGACCGCAAAGGUUGUAUGCACCGUUCUCAGGCGGUCUCGCUGUCGCGCUCUCCACACUUUUCGUCGCUCAAGGUGUCAACAUGCUCAUCACCGAGCAUGUUCUGGAUGGGACCUGGCAGCGCUUCGCACUCCUCGUCACGACGCCUUUCCUGUUCUGCAUAUCACUCUUCUUCUGUCUGCAACUCCUCGGGAACGUCGCUUUCUGUAUCGGGCCCGUCGCACAGUUCCACGAAAACUCCAAAUAUUACUCGGCACAGAAGCCGCUGGAGAACAAGGUUGUGGAUGCCGCACUGCCGCACAUUACUAUCGAGAUGCCCGUGUACAAGGAAUCGCUGGAGCAGACCAUCGCGCCCUCGGUUUAUUCUCUCAAGAAAGCGAUGCAGACCUAUGCCCGGCAGGGUGGGACCUCCGCCAUUUUUGUGCACGACGACGGUCUGCAGCUCAUCUCACCUGAGGAGCGCGAAGCGCGCGUCGCGUUCUACGCCGAUCAUAACAUUGGCUGGGUCGCACGCCCUGGACACGAUAACGCGCCGGACGGCUUCAAGCGCGCGGGUCGUUUCAAGAAGGCCAGCAACAUGAACUACGGCCUCGCGCUCUCGCUCAAGCUCGAGAAGCACCUUGCCGCGCUCGAGUCCCGAGCGGUGAACCCGGAUCAGAUCGAGGGUUCGACCUUGGAGGACAAGGCGCUGAAUAUGGCGGUAGAGGAGACGUACGAGGAAACUGGGCGGAGGUGGAAGCCCUGGGCCGCCAACGGCAAAUCGUGCAGGAUAGGCGAGAUCAUCCUCAUCAUCGACUCGGAUACCGUCGUUCCCGAGGACUGCUUCCGCGAUGCGGCGCGCGAACUCGCCGAAUGUCCCGAAGUGGCGAUUAUCCAACACGAGUCGGACGUGAUGCAAGUCUCGCACGAUUUCUUCGAGAACGGUAUCGCCCACUUCACGCGCCGCAUCAACAAGUGCAUCUCUUUCGCCUGCGCCAACGGCGAGGUUGCGCCGUUUGUGGGCCACAACGCGUUCCUUCGCUGGUCCGCCGUGCAGGACGCCGCCUUCAUCGAUACCGCGGACGACAAGGAGAAGAUCUGGUCGGAGAGCAACGUGUCCGAAGACUUCGAUAUGGCGCUCCGUUUGCAACUUAAAGGGUACAACAUCCGCUGGGCGACUUACUCCAAGGGCGGGUUUAAGGAGGGCGUGUCGCUGACUGUCGACGAUGAGCUCAACCGCUGGCAGAAAUACGCGUAUGGCUGCAGCGAGCUCAUCUUCAACCCACUCAAGGACUGGUGGCGGCUCGGCCCCAUCAACAAGCAGCUCAGGAUCUUCGUCUGGAGCGAUGCGCCGGUGCACUACAAAGUCAGCAUGAUGUCGUACAUGUUCUCAUACUACGGCAUUGCUAUCGGUUUUACCUUGUCGGUCAUGAACUACCUGAUCCUCGGCUGGGGUUAUGAAGUCGACGGAUUUUACAUGCACAGCUUUGAGAUCUGGCUCGCUUGCAUCGUCGUCUUCCCCGGCCUCGGCAAUUUCGGGUACACGCUCCUCGAAUAUCGCCUUGGUCACCGUAACAUGUGGGAUUCGAUGGUCGAGAAUAUCACAUGGGUGCCUUUCUUUUUCUUCUUCUUCGGAGGGCUCGGCCUUCACCUCAGCAUCGCCCUCCUUGCGCACAUGUUCUCAUACAAUAUCACCUGGGGUGCCACCAAGAAGGAGGUCGAACGUUCCAACUUCUUCCUCGAAGUCCCCCGUAUCUUUAAGCGCUUUUGGUUUGCGUUUGCCGUCAGCCUCACGUUCAUCGCCGGAAUUGCCAUCCUCGCGAGUCCGCUGGUGCCCGCGGAUUGGGCCAUCCCUGGCGAGGACUGGAGUUUGAUUAUGCCUCUCGUCAUCUCCACCGCGAGCCAUAUCUUGUUCCCCAUCGUACUCAACCCGUCUCUCAUGGUUUUCUCCUACUGAAAACGCUCGCCGCAUAUACUCUGUUGUAUCAUCUGUUGUCCGGCGCAUAGGCCACGCCCGCACCUGAUGCUAUAGUCGAGCAUGGACAUAAUCUGUGCGUUUUGCUUACUGUCUUUUUUCACCCGUGUAUAUUGGGCAUAGAUUGGUCAUAGAAGGGGAUCUUGGGUACGAUAUAUACUACUUCGCGGACGCUCGCAUAUACGAAUAAAUCAUCGCGCUGUUCGCGAGCUGUCUUUACACACGAUAGUUAGUAGAGAGAUACGAUGGAUGAACGAUGAAUGCGCUCCCCUCGAAUCUGCAUGUAGCUAGUACAUUGGUA